ACACGAUCACCGCGAGGUGGCUCCACGUAUAAAACGUAACUACAUAAUUUGACCCCUGUUUUAUUUAUUUUAUUUUUAAUUUGCAAAAUAAGAUUUGUUUUGUUGGUUUUUUAAAUUAAAUUAUUUACCGUUAAAUUAUCCUGAUACUCCAAAAGUAAUUCGAAAGUGUGUUGAACUUCUAAAGGUAUACGGGUUGGCUUUUUUAUUAUUUGGCUUUGUGACUUUUCCACGAGGUAUUCAAGACGCAAAGACGAACGAACAAUCGGAUUAGAUUAACGAGCUCUUAAGUGAUUUUAUUAAAUUGAAGCGAGACGAGGACGACCCCACCGCUCGCCUGCGCUCCCCCAAAAAUCUCAGAACGGCACAACGCACCGAGUUCGUGUUCUGGGAAGAAUUCAUUGAAUAAGUAUUUCGUCUAAAUAGUUCGGCUCGAGUCCGGUCGACGUCGUCGUCGGUUGUAACGUCGCAAUCGUCAUCGUAGUCUUUGAGUUGGUCGUCCCUUGUCCAUUCUACGUUCGUUGGCUGUCUUGCUUCCUCGCUUGCAUUCUUUCUAAUUUUGUGCUUCCUGUGCUGCUGCAUACGAUUAUCUGUUUUGUGUUCGCAUUCAUUACGGUGCGGUGCGGUGUAGUGCGGUGGUGAAAAGUGAGGAAGGCGGGUGCCCGGUGCUGUGCACACUGCACAGCCCGCACGUUUAGCUCGGCAGCGGCCAUCACUGUCAGUCGGCUGACCGGUAUAGGUGAUAACUAGUUCCAUAUUAAUUUUUCCUAUAUGCACUGAAAACGCGACGCGGCGCGAGUUGCAUUAGAAGCGUCUACGCUUGAGAUCAACUUGUUUUCAAAUUUUGUGUUUUGUGUGUGCUAGAAAAUUCCCACCGCUAGAGUGCGCUUUCACUUUCGCGCAAUAACAACUAAAAACACCGUUGCUGAUUGUAUUACGGCACCAGGAGUGAUCGAGCAGAGGCAGUGCUGCCAGAUUGGAUUAUAAUUUUGUUUAUCAUUUACUUGGACCAUUGAACUAACAAAAAUGGACACGCUAAGGGCGUAUUUGUUUUUGUUCGGGACCGCGGUGAUUCAACAAAAUCGCUUGCAUGCGGAUUUGUUUUGAUCGGCUGUGCUUCGCAACAAAGAGGCCAGCCACAUCAGAAACAGACCACAUACCGAAUAUCCACGGAGUGAUCACAACCACACCCGCGCCCACCCAGCCGCCCAUAAUAGCGAAACCAGCGAUCAGUCCGGGUAAAAAUAGUCCAAGAAGUCCCAUCAGCACCAGCGCCAGCCAUAGCAACAAGACUGCCAACGUUGACACAAACGGCAACAGCAAACACUUCCAUGGUGCUUCGAUAAACGCAUUGGAUCCGCCGCUGCCAUCAUCAGAUCAAAGUGACAAUAAUAAACCCCCGGCCAACGGCUCACCUGCAAUCAGGAAGGAAUUCGUUGACCAUCAGAAACAACCCCCAAGCGCGUCACCAGAAGCGAUAAGUGGCGCAGCAGAGGCAGCAAUAUCAACAGACGUUGUUGGUGCAACGUCGUCACCGUCGCUGUCGUCGGUGUUGACAUCCGUCGCUAAUUGCAGCCCAAAGCCAAACAGCAACAAAGCGGACAAAAAUAGUCCCUCAAGCACCGAGGUGCGAAAAAUAAGUCCGACAGGUGGACAAAAUCCAGAUACGAGCCAAGGCAAGAUGCAGCAGGAACCGAAUGCCAACUUUCAGUUCCAGCCCGAACUGGGUAUCGUGAACAACAAUAAUCCGGUGGUCCAGGCCACAGACGUACUUACGCACACGCUCAUCUAUGGGACCGUGCCCACGGGCGCUCAGCAGAUUAACACCGAUCCGAAUUUACAAACUCUCAACUAUCUUCAGCAGCAGGAACUGCAACUGCAGCAACGCUACCAGCAGUUGCAGCAACUCCAGGCCCAAACUCAGGGACUCUUCGUUUCUGCUCCGGCGUCUCCCAUCCAUCAUCAGAACUACAGCCCCUUGAGUGACUACAGUGCGAAGCGGCUAACCGACCAAAUGCAAGGACUCAUAAUUCAGGCGAACAAUUGUGACCCCAAUAACACUCCCGUCACCAUCAUGAAUUCUCCAUUUGUGCCAUCCACUCCGCAAGAGCAGCGCUUCGUGCAGAUCAUCCAAGCCAAGGAACUGAAGAUCCAGGAAAUGCAAAUGGCCCUCCAGUACAAGGAUACUGAGAUAGCCGAACUGAAAUCUCACCUCGAUAAAUUCCAAAGUGUGUUUCCAUUCAGCCGCAGUGUUUCAGGCGGGAAUACAACACCUUGUGGUUUGCCGGUAAGAAAGACGGGCCAGUCGGUGCAGCGGCAGAGAGCACAGGGUAUAUCUGCCGAACCACAAAACGAAUCGCUGCUCCAUGUGACUUUCCAGAAACACGACAAGGACGAAAGAUCGCGUGAACUCAUCAAAUCGGCAAUUUUAGAUAAUGAUUUUAUGAAGAACCUGGACAUAACGCAGAUACGAGAAAUCGUUGAUUGCAUGUACCCAGUUAAAUAUGCAGCAAAAAGUCUCAUCAUCAAAGAAGGCGAUGUUGGGAGCAUUGUUUAUGUGAUGGAAGAGGGACGAGUUGAAGUCUCACGUGAAGGAAAAUAUUUAUCAACAUUGUCCGGCGCAAAGGUACUUGGAGAAUUGGCCAUACUUUACAAUUGUCAACGAACAGCAACCAUCACGGCCAUUACCGAAUGUAAACUUUGGGCCAUAGAACGACAAUGUUUCCAAACGAUUAUGAUGCGAACUGGUUUGAUCCGUCAAGCCGAAUAUACGGACUUCCUCAAAAGUGUGCCGAUCUUCAAGAAUCUGCCGGAAGACACUCUCAUCAAAAUAUCAGACGUGCUGGAAGAGACGUAUUAUCAAAUGGGCGAUUACAUCGUCCGCCAAGGAGCCCGGGGUGACACUUUCUUCAUAAUAUCCAAAGGUCAAGUUCGUGUAACAAUCAAACAAGAAGACGCCCAGGAAGAGAAAUUCAUUCGAACCUUAAGUAAAGGCGAUUUCUUUGGUGAAAAAGCUCUCCAAGGAGAUGAUCUUCGAACAGCAAACAUCAUUUGCAAUUCACCAGAUGGAGUUACUUGUUUGGUGAUCGACAGGGAGACGUUUAACCAGCUUAUAUCGAAUCUGGACGAGAUACGCCAUCGGUAUGACGACGAGGGAACGCUCGAGAGGAAAAAGAUCAACGAACAGUUCCGUGAUGUCAGCCUUUCUGAUCUUCGAGUUCUUGCCACUUUGGGUGUUGGUGGUUUUGGUCGAGUGGAAUUGGUCCAAAUUACCUCCGACCCGACUCGUUCGUUUGCUUUGAAACAAAUGAAAAAAUCCCAAAUAGUCGAAACUCGCCAACAACAACAUAUUAUGUCCGAAAAGGAAAUUAUGGGCGAAGCCAAUUGCCAGUUUAUUGUGAAGCUUUAUAAAACCUUUAAGGAUAAGAAAUAUCUUUAUAUGCUGAUGGAAAGUUGUUUGGGUGGAGAAUUAUGGACGAUCCUUCGUGAUAAGGGAAAUUUUGAUGAUUCGACAACAAGAUUUUAUACAGCUUGUGUGGUAGAAGCUUUUGACUAUCUGCACUCGCGGAAUAUAAUUUAUCGUGACUUGAAGCCCGAGAAUCUUUUAUUAGACGAGAGGGGUUAUGUGAAGUUGGUUGAUUUUGGUUUUGCCAAGAAAUUACAAUCUGGAAGAAAGACCUGGACCUUCUGUGGUACUCCGGAGUAUGUUGCUCCCGAGGUUAUAUUGAAUCGUGGCCAUGACAUAAGUGCCGACUAUUGGUCGUUGGGUGUGCUAAUGUUUGAACUUUUGACUGGUACUCCACCAUUUACAGGCUCAGAUCCGAUGAGAACUUAUAACAUAAUUUUGAAGGGAAUCGACGCCAUUGAGUUCCCAAGGAAUAUCACCCGCAAUGCCAGUAACCUUAUCAAAAAGCUUUGUCGAGAUAAUCCUGCUGAGCGUCUGGGCUACCAGCGAGGGGGAAUCAGUGAAAUUCAAAAACACAAAUGGUUUGAUGGUUUCUAUUGGGAUGGACUACAAAACCGUAGUUUGGAGCCUCCAAUCUUACCCACUGUGAAAAAUCCUACAGACACAACAAACUUCGAUGACUAUCCCCCAGAUCCAGAUGGCCCACCACCAGAUGACGCCACUGGUUGGGACAAGGACUUUUAAAAAGGGAUAUCUCAUGUGUAUCUAAAGUGUGCCUGCUCAAAAUAAGGAAUUCGUAGUUCUGGCGAUAUUUAAAGUUUUUUUUAUUUACUACAACGAACCCAAAAUCCUUUGUCUUCCUAGAGUAGUCAGAGACAGAAGCCCACAGGGAAAAGUGUAAAUAUUAUAAUCAAAACUUAAAUCGAAUAUUAUGGAAUAUUUUAUUUUUUACGUGUUUGCAUAUUAUUCCCAGCUAAAAAUAUAAAUAAAUAAAAACAAAAUAUAUAUUUAACGUGAUUUACGUCAAACGCCAUGCAAUAAAAACGCUAGACUAAUUAUCACUUAUUAAACAUAAAUAAAAAAAACAAAAAUAUUAU